UCACAGUGUGGAGAAGAUGUUGGCAGGUCAUUUAUAUCUACUCAGGAAGGUGGGUUUGGGCUGAGUCAUCCUGUAAGAGCUUCCCAGGGUGUGGAAUGAUAAUGGAGGGAGGCUUCACUGCAUCCUGAGGAGCUGUCAUUCAGGCUGGAAACCCUAUUAUCAACCACUAUUGUAAUGAACUGGGGUUGGGGGGUGACUGUAAGUAAUUUCAUGUUAUGACUGGAGAGCAAUGCAAAUUCUCCCACUAACAACCCCAAACUAAGGCCUUGGCUCUGCUCGCUGGUCUCCAUAGUAACCCACUCUGAAGCGGGCCUCGUUUCCAUAACGACCCCCGCCGGCCGCCAUUUUGUUUGGCUCGGUCUCCACGGCGACCGGCCCCGUCGGCCUUCCCAACGGACCUUCCCGCUUCCCUCGGAGCGGCGAGGCCAUGGCGGGCCGCUCCAAGCUGGAGGACUUGGAGCUGACGGGCGAGGAGGUGGAGCGGCUGCGCCAGGCCUUCCGCGACGAGCGCUUCCGCAGCCUCCUGGCCGAGUACGCGGCGGAGCUGGCGGACCCGGCCCAGCGGGCCACCUACGAGGCGGAGGUGGUGGCCCUGGAGCGCCAGCGCGGCGUCGAGGCCCGCUUCCUGCACCCCACCCCGGCCUGGGUGCUGCGGACCAGCCAGGCCGGCACCCGCCGCUGCUACCUCAACGUCUGCAGCAACGCGCUGGUGGGGCGGCCCGAGGCGCGGCGGGAGCCGGGGGGCAGCCGCUGGGCCCUGCCGCACUGCCUCUCGCCCGGCCGCGAGGAGCUGGGCCGCCGCCCCGGCGCGCCGCGCCGCCUGCUCUACGACGUGCUCUUCCACCCGGACACCCUCCGCCUGGCCGCCCGCUCGGCCCGCUUCCGCCGCCUGGUCGACGAGACCGCCCUGGAGGCGGUGGAGAGGCACUUCGAGCCGGGCCUGGACCGCGCCAACGCCGUCCCCCUGCGCGGCACCAAGUACAAGGGAGUCCCGCAGGCCAGCCUGCUCCGCACGCCUCUCCCCGGGGGCGCCCCGCCGCCAGCAGAGGCGGAGGAGGGCGGCGCGGGAGACCCGCCGCUGCCGCCCAGCCCCUACGCCUACCCGCCGCCCCAGCCCCGAGCGCCGCGCAGCCCUCCGCCCGAGCCGGCCCCGGCCGCCGCCACCCCGCGCUGGACCCUGCGGCAGCGCUCCUACGUGGAUUGGCAGGACUACCGCUGCAGCCGGGACUCGGCGCCCAGCCCGGUGCCCCGCGAGCUGGAGGUGACGGUCGAGCUGCCCCUGCUCACCGCCGCCGCCCAGGCCCAGCUGGAGAUCCGCGGGCAGGAGCUGCAGCUCGACUCGCAGCGCCCCGCCGCCUACCGCCUGCGUCUGCGCCUGCCCUACCCGGUGGACGAGGACCGCGGGCGGGCCACCUUCGACAAAAGCAGGAGGCGGCUGGUGGUCACCCUGCCCGUCCGCCCCAAGCCCGGCUUCCUUGGGCAAGGCAAGGAAGACCCGCCGGAGGAGGAGCAGGAGUCACCGAAGGUGUCGUGCGCCGCCCCGGCUGACGAAGACGGCGGCGACCUCCCCCAGGAUGGCAGCGUCAGCUCGCAGGCCGGUCCAGUUAGCCACGUGGGGGCAAACCACGUGGAGCUUCCGGUGUGCGCCGAAGAAAGCGCUCCGGCCGCAGUUGGGACUUCUGCGGGAACGAGCCACGGUCGGGGCGCUGCUGCUGCUUGCCCGGCCCCUGCCGAUGUCCACGUGGGCUGCAUCGCGGAGCCCCCCGGCUGCCCCGAGAUCGGCGACCUGACUGCCCCCGCCUCCGACAGCAGCCCCGAUUCCACGCGUGCCAGCGACUGCCAAGGCCUCGAGCCUGGCUCUGGCCCCGAGGGGUGUGUUGGCAAUGCUCUGGAGCUUCCUGCGGGCGGCAGCAUAACCGGCCCCUCUUCACCUGUAACUCAAGUGGAGCUUGGGACUGAUACGGAGAAAUGCCCCGAGGUCACCAAUGCCAUGCCCUCGUCAGACCUUGGUGAUGCCACGAUCCCUUCUGCAGACCUCUGCGGUAUCACCUCUGAGUCCCCUGUGACCUCUGAAUACCACCACCUCUCCGAUCUAGGUCAGAAUAUGGAAAUCUGUACCAGUACGGGUGUCUCCUGGACCCCUAGAAGCAGUCCCGAGGCGGCAGCCGGCCUCCAUACCACUCCUUCUGCGGAUCUUUCUGUGACUGCCCUCAGUGCUACAAACACACCUCCAGACUCCCCUCUGCUCUCCAGGACAGACCUUGGUGUUGACCCAGAGGCUGCCCUGACCUCUCCCAGCAGCCCAGCUCCCCCUCUGUGUCCCCCUUUUCAGUGUACUCAGGAUGAAGAGGCCUUGGUGCUGCUCUUACAGGUGCCAGGCAUUGUUCCCCAGAGCCUUAAAGGAGAGGUGGGCACAAAUCACUACAGGGUGAGCUUUGCCAAGGAACACUCAGUUCCCUACAUUCUCCUCUUACGGCUUUCCCCUGAAAAUAAAUUGACUUCUCCAGAAGCUAGCAUCAAUGUGUCAUUCAAUAAUGCUGUCAUUCACCUGAGGAAGGCUGCUGAGACCACAGGACUUUGGACAAAGCUGUACUUUGGCCUAAAUGAAGAUACCUUGCAGGAAAUGUGGUUUGUUACUGAAGACAACGUUGCUGAGUUUCUGGGCAGCCUCCAAAGAACUUCCUCCCCUAGCCAGCCUGAGGUGGAACAUCAGCCAUUAAUUGAAGUGCUCAGCAUUUCUGAGGGCCAAAGUCAGAUCCGAUUAAAGGCACAGGAGCUUAACAGCCUUGAACUUGGCAAAGCAGAAGAGAAGAUCAGUCCCAGGAGAGAGGACAGCAAACACCCAUGCAGUGCAGAAAACCGCCCUCUUAUUCCUGGCCCAAGAGGAGAGCACGCCAGGCAAACCGAAAAGGCCGCGGACUCGCUCACAGCUGUGGAAACAAAGGAACGUGCUGGGCGGGGAACGCACCAUUGUUUGGAGCUUGACCCUGCAGACUCCAGCUCGGCUCUUCCGGGGAAGUUGCAGAUAAUGAAGUCACAGGAGUCAGAACUCGCUUUCCCCACAGACCCGACGAGAGCCGCAUCCACAAAGCAAGCGCAGCUGCAUGGGGGUGAGUGUGCCAGAACAGAAGAGGACGAGUGCUCGGACUCUGCAGAGAGCAGCAGGCUGGCGGCCCCGGUCUUAAAGGAAACUGACAUGAGGGAUGGAAGCACACAGUUUAUUACCCAUCACACAACACAGUGCGCCGUCACCUUUCAGAAUCCUUUGCUAUAUGAACUAGAUUAACUAGGUGCUGUUGGGCUAUUAAUUGAGAUUAUUUCUAUUGCAGGUGCCCCCCCCCCCCCCGCCCAAUUCCUGGUUAUUUGUCUCCUUAAGCAAAUGGAAGACUGCGGAGAGACAUGAUUAAGUAACAAAGAACUGAUUGGAAUGAAAACAUUUGGCUGUGAUUUGGAGGGAUUUCAGAGAUGGAGAGGUGGUCUGUUUGUUGGGGGCGGGGGGGAAAUUCAGCUCAUUAAAGUCUGGCAGAUUUUGCAGUUAAGUGAGCUGGUUUCCCUCCAAAUGCAAAAUCUGGUUUAGCUGGGUAACCAGGAGACUAUUGAGUAACUGCUCUUUUUGGACCAUAGGCAGGAACCAGCCGGAGCAUUUCUUGUGACA